AUGGAGUCCGUUCGCCAGUCCUGUCGCCCAAAGCACCAGGUGUUGAUCCUAAAAUGCUAUCCGAAAUAUCAGAAGGGUGUGGCGGAGGUCAGGCCAAAUCCCAGUGAACUCUCAUACUUGCUGUACUAUACGAGCACCCGCCGCAGCAAGUUGACCAAAGUCGGCGCUUUCCUGGAGAAGAGAGUCGCCCGCGAUGUCUGGAGACGCAGAAUAGGGAAUGUUCAGGUGGCGCUGCACAUCCUGGCUGCGCUCAUCGAGAAAGUCCCCCGCGAUCUCCCAAUAUACGCCCGAUCUGCUCUCACAAUCAUAGAGACCGUUGUGAAGUCAAAUGACAUAACCAUGGUGGAGGAAUCGAUUGUGGCCUUCGACAUGUUCUGCCGACACCAGGACAUUGCAGCCAUUGCGGCGGACCAGGGGCUCGCGCAUCAAUAUUGCGAAGUUGUGCGGACCUACGCAAGGUUCGCCGACCCGGCAUUUGCAUCCAACUCGAACGCAAAGUUCAGCCCGCAGGUGGCCAUUCGGUGGAGGACUGCGGGACUGCGAGCGAUCAGAGGCGUGGUCAGCUCAGAGAGCUUGGCCGCUGAUGGAGGGACAUCGCUGAAGCUCUGUUUGCCAGUCAUUCUAGAGAAUCUUUACUCUGAUGAUCAAGAUCUUCUCACCACAUUGAAGGGCAAGCUGACCGAAGUUCAUCCGAGUGAACGCGACGGGUCCAACCCCCGAACCCGUCGAAUGAGUGUCAACACAGUGGACACAGCCGAUGGUGACCCCGAGCUCGCAGCACAGUCAGCCGUUGAUGCAGACCGAAAGGCGGACAUGGACGCUCGUCUCUUGGCUUUACGUUGUCUGGAGCAGAUCGUUAUUUCAGGGAGUAACCGAGGCCAGAUCCGUAUUGCGAUGACGACAAUCCUACAAUUUAUCUCACGCAAGGGCUUUCCACAGAGGGAGAAUGGACAGACAGCCGACAAAAGUGGCAACUGGGCAACCUCCCUGAUUGAACUCAUUGCGAACUGGUGUCCGGUGCAGGUUCGUUUCAUCAUUUUGAUCACGGCCAUGGAGAUCCUACACGAUACAGGUGCCAAAGAGGAUGCUUUGGAGUCUUCAUUUACCAUUCUUUCCGUGGUGGAUUGGCUUCUAAAGUCCUCAGUGAAUAUGAUUGGUCUAAGCGUCAUGGACAUUCUCUAUGGACUCAUGCAUUACGCCUCUGAUAUACUCUCGCCCUCUGAUCGGGCAGGUUCUGCACAUUCAGAAAAGAAAUCAGACGGACGGCCUGGCAACGCGGUCCAAAUCACCCCCCGACGACAGGAUCUUCUUACACUAUUGGAGCAGUGCAUUGGAGAUCUCGCAACGCACAUUUAUUACGGAGACCAAGUUGCAGACAUGAUGCGGGCCAUCCUCAGGCGUUUCAAGCCUAGUUCCACGAUAUCCACAUUGGAAACAGUGCAUGAAUCUGGGGUGGCCCAUGUUGACUCCCCAACUAUCGGCUCCGAGGCCAACGGGGAAAUGCCAAGCCCUGGAGGCUUCUCGCAUGCUGCCGCCAAAUUAACUGCUCUCCGAGCCGUCAAGGCUAUCUUGGUCGUCGCCAACGCGAAGACAAGAGCUACUGUGUCUGGCGCGGAAUCCAGAAACCCAGUCGGAAUCCACGUAUGGGAGGGAACCCAGGUACUUCUUCGUGAUGCGGAUCGCGAUGUUCGCUAUGCCUACACCGAUGCAUUCUUGUGCUGGCUGAACAUCGAGACUAAUGGAAACGACCUCAAGGCGCGAGUUGAUGUUCCUAAAUACACCAGAGCGAUGUCCAAGAGAGACUUGGAGCAGAUGGACAAGUCGGGUUGGCGAAACAGCUCGGCUUCUGGGACUCAAAGAGACAAAGUGGCGCUGGCGGCACGGUCGAAGUUUCUCCGUCUUCUGCACCUGGCUAUAUAUGAUGCUGCACUCGAGUCAGCUACCCAGAACGCCGAGGUCCUCUUGCUGCAUCUGCUUCUGACAAGUCUUGUCGACAACGUCGGGGUGAACGCCGCUCAAUUUGGUAUUCCUAUGGUCCUCAAGCUGCAAGAUGACCUGUUCACAUCCAUUGAAUUGAGUUCAUCCAAGGCUCGCGUGAACAUUGGAAGCUUGGUACAUGGAUACCUUCUGGCGCUCUCGGAGCACUUCGACAUGCAGUCUUCUCCCGUGGGUAGUGAGAUCACCAGUGAGAUUCAACGGCGACAGGAUCAGGGAUAUUGGCUUUCCACAAUCCGCCUUCCCCCGAUUGGCCUUGACGGCGUCGUGUUCGAUGGCGAGAAGAACUUCGACAACGACCCCUCCCCGCCUCCAUUGACACCCUUCCGCAAUGUUGACGGACUUGUCUAUAUGAUCGACGAGGCUUAUCGCCAAAAGGUCUCCUCUCCACCACACGAUCCCCCAGCCUCGCUAGCACGGGGAUUCACUUUCCCGAUCCUGGAGCACUCUACAGCGACAUCACAUGCCAUGGCUGAGGGUGGCCUCCCGUCCGUCGUAAAAGAACAAAUGUUGUCUCCGUGGUCUCGUGAGGCAUGUCUGGCGGCUGUUGAUAAGGAGAGCACCGGACCAUCCUCUGUCAAUGGCUCCCGGGCUACCAUCAACGGCUCUCGGGCUACCAUCAAUGCCCGCAACAACCAACCCAACGGCGCUUCAAUCGGUUCCCCUGCUGACUCCAACCAUAACCGCCGCAGGAGCGUCCCAGAGAUAUCCGCCUCGUCACCUCUUGGCUCGAGCAGGGGCUCUGCCGUUCACGUCAAUGAGCUUCGCCGCAUGCUCUCAGUCACCAAUGAUUCCGAUCUGCGAGGUCUCAGUCCCUUGCGUGGACACCUCGACACAUCGGAUGCCAGUAUCGUUUCCUCCGGCAGCGAGAGCAUGAUGAGCGGUAAUUUCUCGGUCUCCGAGAUCGACGGAGAUGCUGCCUCGAUCCAGCCAGAAGGCCAACAAACACCCGAUGGAGAUGGAGCAGAGACACCCCGCGCUUCGGCCUCGACAAUUGUCUUUUCAGGUGAGAAAGCCACGAACGAUGAGUUGCCAUCCCUCAAUCGCACCAACUCGGACGCAAAAAUUCCCCCGGUCCCACCGAUUCCAUCCAGCUUGAACAUCCCAGGUGGUUUCCCGAACGACUCACAGCGCUCGCUGGUCUCGGCCGACCGCCCAUAUACUGCUCCCUCACGACAGUCCUCCGUAAAAGACAGCGCUGCCCUGAACAACAAGCCUCUCAACCGCGACAAGAGCCGUUCUGACCAGACUCUUAAUGGAAAUGGAGUCUCCGACCUUCAAUCCGACUACGAGUCCAAUGCCUUGAAUGGCAGCCACCAAGAUCAACUGAGGAAGCUCUUGGAUGGAUUCCUUUCACCCGUUGAACCUCGGCUGACGAAUGGAAACCGUCCCUCAACGGCGAAAUCUCCUUCCAAGACUUCGCUGGUCGGUUCGUUUGGCAGGCGACAGGUCAGCGGGGGCAUUGGUCGCCCACCUUAUUGA